CCGUAACUCCCUCGAAUCACGGAUUCCACGACAUUCGCUAGCUUUAUUCGAACCCAUUCAACUUAGGGGCUUGCAUGCUAACGCGAGGACAGAUAGGAUAAGCCCUCAGCCUGUGAACUGAGUACCAGCGAAACAAGUAUGGAUGCAUGACGGAAACUCUAAGGAAUAUACUCCGUGCUAUACGAUACGCCUCGUCUGGGAUGUCAUCCAGAUUCAAUUGGACGCGGCUCAGACCUUGUCGCGGAGCUCGAAAUCCAAGUCACAGCUCUGCGAACUCAGAAGAGAAGAGCGCGAGGAUGAAAAGGGGGCAGCUUAUAGGAUCUCCACCGCAUACGGCGAAUUUCACUUGGAAACACAACAUAUCCGGUGUAAUCCCCGACCGUGUCGCAACCCCGAUCACAGGAGCCGAGCGAGCGUCUCGAUAUGCAUAGCUAGUCCACUACCAGACGGCGGUUACAGCCAACAGGCAGAGAAGAUGCCAUUGCUGAGACCAGGUCGCCUCCACAGAUUCAUGCUACGCCAUGGUUCGAGGUUGGCUCUAUCACGAGUCCCAGAUAGCCCAGAUUUAAACCGGCAUGGCUCCGUGGUGGCAGCCGCAGGAUAAACAGCAGUCCGAGCCGGGCGAAGCGUCGCCUGUUUCCUGUCCCCAACGGUUCAGCAUGCCAGGGUUACCGCAAGGCCGGCAGAAUUAUCCCCCGACCUGUCUCAACCUCGGGAUAAUUCCAAAGGCGCACCCCACACCCUCGCCGUCCCUGCCGCCAGCCAGAGGCGCUGUGAGGUGAAUAGCACACUCAGGGUUACAUAGGGAACCAUGUCCGGACCAUUGCGGC